AUAAUGAAACACUGAACUCUACCAUAUAUAUUGUAAAUGUAGUAAUUUUAUGAAGACAAAUAACUAAACAUGAUUAUUGUUACCUAGUACUUUUCUGUGCAACACUUAAUGUAUAAUGAAACAAAAAAAGAAACGUAUUUGUGAAGAAAACUCAUGGUAAAAUAUUUCCUUUAAUUAUUUGUCAAAACUUUCAGGCAUUAGGUUUAUUGUAGUUUAGGAGCACAAUGUAUGUUUUACUGAAACAUGGAAUUUAAAGUAUGGUCUUAUUGUGAUCAGUGGAGAUGGUGGCUGUAGGAGAUUUUGGGUCUUAAGCAGAAAUUCCACAUGGACUGGUGUAUGUGCAAGCAACACUGUACAAUGCCCAUACCCUACUAGCACUUCCUUUGUUGUGUUUUUUAAUGAGAUUUAAUAAAUUUUCUCUUAUUUCAAGAACAUGUGUGACACAAACUAAGAAUUUUUACAUACAUGCAAUAUUAAUGAUUAUUUUGCAAACUCCUGAUCAGAUAUCCCAAACCCAGAUGGCUUUGUUGAGUUGUUCCAAGGCAGUUGCCUAAUUUUCCCAUGCCUUGAGUUACUACUGAGUAGAGGAAAGCUCUUAUAAAACAUCCUUUGUCGCAUUAGAUAAAUAGAAUUGGUAAGGAAAAUGAAUGACUGUAACAACAGUAAAAGAUGAAUGAUAAUGUUUCUUAUUUUGUAGAUAGAUCAGAUGAACAAAAUUGUUGAAGUAUUGGGAAUACCUCCCAGGCAUAUGCUAGAGCAAGCCCACAAGGCUCGUAAAUAUUUUGAAAAAUUAACGGAUGGAACAUACACUUUGAGGAAAACCAGAGAUAUGAAGAAUUAUAAAAAACCAGGUUCGAAAAAGCUUCACGAUAUCUUUGGAUGUGAUACUGGUGGACCUGGAGGUCGGCGGCUUGGUGAGCCCGGUCAUACAAUCUCCGAUUAUUUAAAGUUCAAGGACCUAGUUUCCCAGAUGCUGGACUAUGAUCCAAAGAAACGUAUCACUCCUUACCAUUGUCUCCAACACAGCUUUUUCAAAAGAACAGUAGAUGAAAGCACAAAUACAUCUCCUGGCAGCAGCCCAUGUCAUGUCCUGGAUCAAUUUAGUCCAGGAUCCGCAACUGUAGGAACAGGUUGUGGGUCAGGAUCUAGUUCUGAAAGUUCUAGUUCUUCUGUUACGCAGUUGAGUGGAUGGGUACACUCUGAUUUGACGCAUCAGUAUGUUCAUAAACAGCUGCAGCACAGGUAUACACAGACUUCAGACUCAGAUGCUGGGAAACAUUCUGGUAACAUUACUUCUCUUGGGUCCACAAUGGACUGUGUCAGUCCAAGUAGUAUGGGAUUACCAAAAGGCCCAGUUUGGGUUCCUUCCUCAGGACUUGUGGGAAGCCAAGUUUGGGUUCCUUCCUUGGGACUUGUGGGAAGCCCGUCAGAGAUAGUAAUUUCUACACCAGUAGGUUCAGCUUCCGUCUGUCAGCGCUUAAACUCUAGUGCAUCCUCAAAUGGCCAUGGUUUCUCUCAUGUUCGUGGACAGAGUCAUAGAUUUCGAGGUAAUCCGCAUGUUCUAUCCCAUCAGUCACGUGGACAGGGCUCCUUAAGCUCCACAUCUCAUGUAAUAGUAGGACUAGACUCUGUUCAGUCGUAUCAUUCUCAAGCAAGCUUAAACAUUGCCUCCACCAGAGGGAGCCAUGCAACAUCUUCUGCUGUGUCUUCCGAUAUGGAUUCAGAUAUCUUCACACGAUCAGUGCCCAUAUCAUUAGAGUGCACACAGACUAGUUCAGUAAACAUGCAGCUAGGGAGCUACCAGCCUCUAUCAUUUUCUGGGGUUAUGUACAGAGAACAAACGGUAGCUCCAUCAGAUUUCCACUCGGCAAACUUACCACAUUGUUGUGUUACACCAUCUUCAACAACUCCAACACAACCUUCAAGUUUAUUGUCAACAGAGAAUCCAAUACACAGCUCAGGGAGUGAGGAGACUCCAAUGGUUGGUGUGUGUGUGGAACAGUCAUCUGUCUCAAGUCACUGACAACUAAUUUUCAAUAGUAAGGAUUCCACUAACAAGUAAAAUAUUUGUGCUUGAGUUGCUGUGAGCUAAUUUUUUUUAUGUGGUUUGGACAAGGGGCAAAGCUUGACUGUGAUCUCUCUGGACUUUUUUUUGUGUGGAACACUGAAGAUUUCUUAGUACACGGACAUUUAGAAAAUACAAAAUGUUGGUUCACAGAUAACAUACUAUAAACUUUGUUCUCAAAAACUUCAAGAUCUUGCUUUGUUGAACUAGUUAACCAGUCCUUGUCAGUAUAAUCAAGUUUCCUCGAGACAUUAUGAGAACAGUACUAGACUUAGGAAACCAGAUACUGUUAGUACUAAUGUUUAGGCUGUCUAUGGGAUUUUGUCAAACAACAACAAAUAUGUAAGUAAAUUAACUAUCAGUCAUUUGACUGCUUAAAAGGUUACUGAAGUGCAUUUAAGCACUAAUGUAAAUAUUACCUGCUCUAUGAAUUGCUAUUUAUUGUUCCUUAUGUGGGGAAAAGCUGCCACUCAAGCCUCAGUAAAGAAAGACAGGGACUUUUAUUAUAUUUACCUUGGUUACCACCACCAACAGCUAGAACUGUAAAUACCCCCUCCCCCACAUAUUAAAUGUGGUUUUCUUCCAAUUUAGAUUCAUUCUAUGGGUUAAAUAGCCUUUCACCCUCUUCUUAUUUCAGAUGUACAUAUAUAAAUAAAUAUAUAUAUCUGUUGUCACAAAAACCUUGUUACUCAGCCAAAUCUGACCCUGCAUCGUUACACGUUGUUUUCAAGAUUUUAAUUCCACAUUGGCAUCAUUAAGCUAAGGGAAAACCAGUCAUGUUUGGGUUCCAUCAAAGAAUCCAGUUAAUUUAUACGUCAUUCCACACUCUCAUACAUCUUAUCUGGUUACUAUUUUGUUAAAGACCAUUUUAUGGUACAGAUCAGUAGCUAUGAAUAUCAGUUGUUGUCGAUGAAAAUUUUCUCUGUUCUGUAACUAGUGAAGCUUGUAUUAGUGAUAUUGUGCAUGCUACUCACAUUUCAAAGAGCUAUUGUCGACUCUGUGCUGCCGGUUAUCUUAUGUGCUUUUACCCUUUACCUAUUAUAAUUUAAUGACAAUUGUAGUAUUAUUGCUGAAUAUACAUUUUAAUAUUUUACCAAUGGUCACAUUUUAACAAAGAGAUAAACACCUUUUUUUUUGUUUCUUCAUAGUGCCAAUGUUGAGAGUGAAACUUCAAAAGUGGCAAAGUAAUUUAGUUCCUAUAAUAAUCCUCCUCUUGAGGCUUUUUUUUUUAUGUCCAAACAGUUAUAUUUGAUUUAGUACAGUUUUAACAUGUGACUAUUAUAAUCUGUUCUUGCCACAGUGGACAGGCCAAAUGAAAGUUUUGAUUCUAUCAGUGUUUGUGGCUCUCGUUUCCCACAUGCAGAUAGUGCAGAUGUAUUCACCGUUAAGUAAAUGCAUUGUCCAAAAAGUGA